GUUUAUGCAAAAGAAAGUGAUGUCAAGGCUGCGUUCUUUGCAAACCAGCCUAUGUUUGUGCUUCUGUAUAAAAAUGCUUAUUUCAACGCUAACGAACUUAAUGAUUCUUUGCCUAGUGUUGUUAAAUCUCUUUUGCAAGACUUCAAGGAUGUGUUUCCAAAUGAUGUUCCUAAUGGUUUACCACUAAUAAGAGGAAUCGAGCAUCAAAUUGACUUCAUUUCUGGUGCAACAAUUCCAAACCGACCAGCAUAUCGAAGCAAUCCCAAUGAGACGAAAGAACUUCAAAGGCAGGUUGAAGACCUCAUGAAAAAGGGACAUGUGAGAGAAAGCAUGAGUCCAUGUGCAGUUCCAGUGCUACUUGUGCCUAAGAAGGAUGAGACUUGGCGUAUGUGCGUUGAUUGUCGUGCGGUCAACAAAAUCACUGUAAAGUAUUGUCACCCUAUUCCUAGAUUAGAUGACAUGUUAGAUGAGUUGCAUGGUUCUUGCAUAUUCUCUAAAAUUGAUUUAAAGAGUGGAUAUCAUCAGAUUAGGAUGAAGGAAGUAGACGAAGAAAAGAUUAAGGCUAAAGAAUGGCCAACACCUAAGAAUAUUUCUGAGGCCAACAAAGGGUGCAAGAAAGUUGUGUUUGAACCUAGAGAUUGGGUUUGGGUGUAUAUGCGAAAGGAACGAUUCCCUGCACAAAGGCAUUCUAACUUGCAACUAAGAGGCGAUGGACCAUUUCAAGUGAUUGCAAGGAUAAAUGACAAUGCAUACAAGUUGGAGCUUCCUGGUGACGAUUUGAGGACAUAUCCUUUUGAGGACAGAGGGAAUGAUGGGAAUCAAGAUGACUCCACAUGUACCAAGUCAAGAGAUCCAUUACAUAUUCCAGGAGGUCUAGUCACGCGAGCUAGAGCUAAGAAUAUGCGUGAAGCUUUAAAUGGCCUUAUUGAGCAGAUUUGGGUUGAAAACAACAUACAACAAGCAAAUCGAAGCUUGGAUGAUUAUCAAGGCAUGAUAAAUAUCAUUUAGGUUCAAGAGAAGCUUAAUUGAAGUCAUUUAUGGUAAAUUACCCAGUUUGCGUCAAUCUCGCAAUUCUGUUGCAAUUUGUAACAAACUGAUAUUUCAUGC